AUGUAUUAAUUCUAGUGUUUUUGGUCGAUUGUAACUAAGCGGAAUCGAAAGGCUGGGGAUUGCAGCCCCAAACCGGUGUCAGGUGUCCAACAGAGAAUUUGUAACUUCACGGACCCGCAUCAGCUGCCCGUACCUGACACAUGGCAUUUCGUUUCUUUACUAAAUCUGUACUCUACGGCCUGCCACUGGGGAUUACCUUCCUCGACUGCGUGGGCUAUGUAGCCAGAGUGGACGGUACCUCCAUGCAGCCCGCACUCAAUCCAGUGGCAGAUGUGAGGGAUUAUGUGUUCCUGUUGCGUUGGGGGAAUCACAACUGUGAUGUGGAGAGAGGGGACAUAAUAUCACUCGUCUCGCCGAAGGAUCCCGCCCAGAAGAUCAUCAAACGUGUGGUCGGCCUGCAGGGCGAUGUGGUUUCCACGAUAGGCUACCGCGAUGAGAUAGUGAGCGUCCCACAGGGCCAUUGUUGGGUGGAGGGUGAUCACACGGGUCACUCCAUGGACAGCAAUACAUUCGGGCCGGUGGCACUGGGUCUGAUGACGGCGAAGGCGGUGGCAAUCGUAUGGCCUCCAGAGCGUUGGCGACUGCUGGAGAACGAGCUGCCCAGACGACGUGCGCCCAUUCAAGUGGCCAAGACUAGCCACUACAAUUAGCCCGAGGCUAGAAGACUGACCAGUUAAGAGUCUUUUCAAUGAUAGUUCCAAUCAUGUACAUCCACGGAUUUACAUACAUAUGUAUAUAUUUUUUAAUCCCAUCUUGUUGUCCCCUCACCCAAGCAAGGCAAGGCAGGAUGAUCAAAAUUAAACCAAAUAAAGUUAUAGUUUAUUUAAA